CACACCGCUAAGGCAGAGCAGAGCUGAAUCAUUACCUUUCCCACAUACUCUAAACUGUUGCCUGCCAAAGAGGAACUGGGGACUUAACCUUAAUCAGGCUGCUUUCAUUCAAGUGUUCCAGACGGUGCACACACAUCCAGAGACUUUUCACUGCUCUUUGGGGCGUGGAAGAAGCAGGCAUCUGAGACUGCACUCUGAAGCUAUAUUCCAGAGAUGCCCCUGAACAAGUUGCCUGCUGGUGCAAGCUUCAGAAGGAAUUCUUAACUGGCCAACCCAAUUCAUGCUGUAAGCCUGAAAAGGAAAAUAAAUCUGUUGAAGAAUCUGAAAAGACCAACCUUCUCAGCUUAGGCCUGCUUCUGGCAGCACCUCCGAGACCUCCUCCAUCUGAGAAUUGCCAGGUCUGACAACACUCUCCCUCUGGCCUACAGGGAGGGAAGUCAAGAAAGCUGUAGAGAAAUCAUCCCCUCUAGACUGACAAUUUUCAAGGUGUGCCACUGGGCAGGAACCCUACAAUCUCCAUCUUUAGGGAAGAAUCAAAAAGACAGACAAGAGUGGUGAAAUCUCAGGCAUGCUGAGCCUGAAAUACACACAGGCCUUUAGAAAGUCUCCUCACAGCAGAACCCAAUUAUCCCCACAUAAUUAGUCCACACAUGUAAAUGAGCUGGAGGUGAAACGGAGCCUUUUCUCCCUCUAUCAGGAAAGAAAAAAGAUCUGGAACAAUACUCUCAGAGAUUCUUGUUCCCAAACCAGUAUUAUAAAGCAGUUUCACUACAUUUACUUUCAUCAGCAUAAGAGUAGGGGUGGGGGAAAUAAAGAUUUAUUUACAUUUUUAAAAAUUGAUUAAGACGUUUUGAGAAACCCUCUUUGGCAGCGUGCUGUGCAGGAAGACAGAGAGGGAGAGGCAACUGCCAAAUUAGAACAUCACUAUUUUCUUGCUGUUGCACUACAGACUUAGCUCUGAGAGUGAUCGGUUUGCAUCAGGUUGUUAGAACACUUCCAGUAUAUUCAGAGACAGUCUCAGUGACUGUGGAAUGCCUCAAGGACAAUAAAAAUCCGAUAGAAAGAAGUUCCAACUCCAGUCUGAGUGAUGACAGAGGUACAUUUUAAGUACCAUGGAAAUCUCACCGGGCGAGCCCAUUUUCCCACUCUGGCAACAGAGGUUGACACCACUUCAGACAAGUAUUCCAACCUGUACAUGUAUGUGGGCUUAUUCCUGAGCCUUCUGGCCAUUCUUCUCAUCCUGCUCUUCACGAUGCUCCUUCGACUCAAACAUGUCAUCUCGCCCAUCACCUCUGAGAGCACAGAAAGUGUUCCUCAGUUCACAGAUGUGGAGAUGCAGAGUAGAAUCCCGACUCCUUAGAGCCAGGAUGAGGUGAGCUGUAGUGGAUCUCAGUGAACCCUUGGGUGUUGCUGUUCAGGAAAGCUCCCCCCAACCAUUUUUUUUUGCAUGAAGCAUCCCAUCUCAGGAAUCAAAAAGUUAUUCCUUUAACAAUAUGCUGUUCAUAUUUCCCUUGUGUUAUUCUUCAUCUUGACUCUGCUCAUCAGAUAGCUAAGAGGUUUAAGACUCAUUCUUUGAAAUACAGUAAAUGACAGCUGGUUGUGAGGACAGGUUUACAUAGUAACCAAGGAAAGCCUGGGCCUUGAGCAAACCUUAGACCACAGAAAUUCAUAUACAGCUGUUGUAAAAAAAAAAAAAAAUACGAGAUCCUUGGAAGCUCUCGAACAAGGAGGAUUUGUCUUUGAACAGCUGAUGAUGCCAAGAGAAGGAAAAGUUUCUGAUUAGCACAUCUACCCUAAGGAAUCACCUGUGCUGACAUGAAACUAAAUCAUGUCAAAGGUUAACAAAAGGGAGCACUAACUCCUUCCCAAAAAAGCAAUGCUUUGAUCCUCUUAGGCCAAUGAGUUUGUUCCCAAUGGAAGAAGAGGUUUAAAAAAACUGGUUCAAUUUAAAGAGGAAGUUUGCAGAAGGAAGUUUAUGAUAAGCAAACUAAUCAAGACAGGGAAAAAAUGUGUCUAUUAUAUCUGUAUUAUUACUAUUACUGUACUCUAAAGAACUCAGAUAAUGGCAGAUGUAUAACUAAAAUCUGCAUGAUGAGCUGCCGCCAAAUCAAGGGAAAAUGAAGUCAAAAUGUGCAGCUUUGCUCUGCCCUCCCCCCAUGCUCCAGGACUGAGCUCCACACAAAUAUGAGCUUUGUUUAAAAGUGGCUUUGACAAAGAUACGACUGUACUUUCAAGCAGAAAUGAAACGAUCUUGGAUUCUGUCAUCAAAUGAUUGUGGCUUUGGACAAAUUAUUCAAGCUUUCUGGGUCCUAGGUUUUUCUUGUUGAAAAAUGAUCAGAGAGCUAUUUGGUCACCAAUAGACUCUUUUUGAUCAGAGCAUAAGAAAAAAAAUAGAGAGAGACAAGGGAGGAGAGAACUAAACUAUAUCUUCAAAAAAAUCCUUAUGGACAUCAAUGUCCUCAAAUGUCACAUUUAUCUUCCCUAGAAAAUGCUCUUUCCUUCCUGAUCCCUGCUAAAAAUCAAGUGUUUCAUUUAUUAGCAUCAGACAAAUAUAUUUUGCAAAUUUUCAUUUUCAAAAGUAGCCCUAGUGUGCCAGUAGUGGAGAGAAACUUAAACUUUUCAAAAUUAGCUUUCCAAAGGGAAACCAAAGAGGAUGAGUGUCGUCUACAAAUUAAAAUUAGAAAGCUGGUCAUAUUCUUGCCACUGAUGAACUAAUACACUUGUGCUAAAUUCUGCCUGUUAAAAAAUAAUAGGGCCUCCCUGCCCCUCAAAAUUGGGCAUCAAAUUUCACAGGAUGCUCCCUAGGGAACUCUAGUAGUAGUGAGAGACAAAUGGAAUAGAUGUUAGGUUAAUGCCACCUCCACCAGACAUGCAGCUCUCUACAGUCUGUAACCAAUUUAGACUGGCCCCUUUACUCUGGUCUAAAUCUAGCUUGGUGUUGAAAUUCCCAAGUGCUUUCCACUUUUGUACACAGUCAUUUGCCAAUGCUCCCCUCUCCAAGGGGCUGCAAAGUGUGAAAUCCCAACUUGCAAAGCUAAACUUAGUAGCCAGGCUGACUCUGCCAUACCUGGUAACAACUGUGCACUGUCAGAGAUGGCAGCUGCAUUCUGCACCAUUCAGAGUAAAUUAGCAGGUAGGCAGAGACCAUGAGAGGGCAUACAGUUCUCUUCUGGCUUUAUAUUUCCACAACAUAGUGUGACUCUACUAUUAUUCCAUCAUGGUGAUUUAAGUUGUGUCUUUAUGUAACACUCAGAUUUUACAGAGUCUGAGGUUCUUAAAAUUUUAGCUCUUAGUAGCCAUACGUGGAUUUCAUCAGAGAUUAGCACUUAUACCCCAGAACUUCUUAAAGACCCAUAUCUACCCUCAUUCCUGGCUCUCCCUUUUGCACCCACAGUAUUGAAUGCACUUUACAGUUGAGAAGUCAUGGCUGGAUAAGUGAAGGAACUGAUUAUCAUUUCAACAGCAGUGAAUAGCAGGAUAUCCAAUGUCGUGUUGCUGAAUCGCAUGAAGACUGACUGCAAAUCCAUUCCCUGCCCUCCUGACCUCCCCAACCUAAAUUUCAAGAUAUUAAAACUGCUUUUGAAGCACUGGCUUAGAUGAAGAUUCCUAAUUUCUGAUCAGUUUACUCACCUGGAAAACAACAAGCCUCUUUCAUCACAGCUACCCCAUGGGAUUCAGAUCUUCACUGAACAUUAACCAAAGCACACAGUAUAGAUUACACUAAAAUAGCAGCAUAGCCCCUCACAAUUCCCAAUGGUAACAUAAAUGGAGAUGCAUUUAAGCAGAUGUGUCAUGAUGGUGACUCACAUGGUAUUUAAUCUUUAGGAAAAUACACUGAGUGUUGUCAUCAUCGCAAACUUACUGUAAAGAAAAGAUUUUUCCAUUUAUAUUAAAUUAUAUUAUAUCCCUCAAUGUAUUACUUAACAUAUAUUACUGCUCUAAGAGGCAGCUAGAGUAACCAGUGGGCACAAUUUGAAUAUAUCCUUCUAUCUAAAAUGCUGACUUGGCAUUUUCCUACCCCAACCCUUCCCCAAAAUUGCCCAGUAUGCAAAGAGAAAUGUUAUUUACAUGUAGAUAUACUCUGUUUUAAGAUGAAAAAAUGGUUCUUCACUUUUUAAUACAUUUAACCAAAUAAAAUUGUCAUUUUUGAAGGUCAAAAUCUCUCACAUAUCAGCAAUUUCCUAUCAUUCAAUCUAGUACCAAGAUUCAGUACAUGAAUUCUUUAAAUAGUAAACUCUACUAACAUGGUUAAAAAUAAUUUGGUUUAUAAAAAUGUACUUCUCAUACAUUUCAGAAUCAUGGGUUGUAUAAAGCAAGGUAUAUUGUGAAAGGCUAUGUAUUAUGUAUUAAGCAGCAAAUAUUAAGGUAAUCAAGUAAAGAUGGAUUAAUCUAGCCUAACCUUUCCAUCCAUGCCAAAUCUGAAGCUGAGGACUCAUAACUGGGUUUGAUUGCUGCAGAUCCCAUUGUACUUACUAAGUAGCUACAAGGGGUCCAUUUAAUGCAUUUAAAUGGUUAUAUUUAGUAAUACAUUUUAUUCAACUGCAUUUGUACAAAAAAAGAACUUUUUUAACAAAAUGAAGAAUUGUGUGGAAGAAAAAAACUAAAUUUCUUUCUUUUGAAAUCAUUAAUAUUUGCAAUAGAUUCAUAUUGUAUAAAGACAGAAACAUAUGUGCAUUAAUAUUUAGCAUGUUAUUUUUUAUUCCUGAACAGUAAAUGCUGUUUGUUUGCUGGUAACAAAUAUCUAUUGUCUGAAACAUGUAAAAAGCAAUACAUUACUCUUCAUCACAAUAUAAAUUGUAACAACUGCAAA